AGUGCUCACUUGUGGGUCAUCUUCCCAAAUUGAGGUCCCUAUAUAAAAAAAAAUGAAAUAAUUUAAAGUAACAAUACACUUUUCAAAUGUGAGACUAUAUUUUCAUCAACUGGGUUUUCAGAAAUUUUAAUUAUUGUUUUUUCUUUUUGGGUGGUUAAGAGAUAUUUUUUUGUUUUUCAGAAAUGAGUACUACUACUACUUCGAUUUAUAAUAACAAGAAGUCGUCAAACGGCGUCGUCGGAGGAAAAACAGCCAGAGCCUGCGACAGCUGCGUGAAAAAGCGGGCGCGUUGGUACUGCGCCGCAGAUGACGCGUUCCUCUGCCAGUCUUGCGACCACUCCGUACACUCGGCCAACUCCUUGGCCCGGAGGCACGAGAGGGUACGACUCAAAACGUCGUCGUCUCGAUCCCCGCCGCCGCCGCUUAAAUUAGCCGCGGCUUCGGACGAAUUGCCGUCGUGGCACCGAGGGUUCACAAGGAAAGCCCGUACGCCGAGGAACGGGAGUCACGCUUCUUCGAUUCGGGGCCUCAAGCUAAGCAACAAACCCAACGGGAGCAGCAGUGGAAGUUCCGGUACGGUACCGAACCCGUUUUCUCUGGUGCCUGAAUAUUGCAAUGGGGACGAGACUUCGAACGAUGAAAAUGAGGAGCAGCUUCUUUAUCGUGUUCCCAUAUACGACCCUUUCGUGGCCGGUCAGCUCUGUAAUUCGCCUGCCGAAGUAUCAAAAUCAACGUCGUUUGGAGCUAACAAUGAUAUCAACGGUACCAGUCCAGAUGAGGAGGAGAAUAAUAAUAAUAAUAAUCUACAAGGGCUUCUCUUUCCGGCUCAAGAGAUGGAUGAUCUGGCGGAGUUCGCUGCGGAUGUGGAGAGUUUAUUGGGCCAUGGGCUUGAAAAUGAUGCGUGUUUUGGGAUGGAAGGAUUAGGCUUUGUCGAUUCCAAAGACGAGAGGGAAACGACGACGACGGAUCCUGAGUGCGCUUCAGGUGAAGGAAGAGCUGUAAAGGUUGAAGAAGACGAAGACGAAGCCAUGGGAGGUAGUUUCGAAGAUAUGAUGAGGGAGCCAUUUCAGCUGAACUUGGAUGACUACGACGAGUCUCCUGCGCCGUCGUAUGGCGAGGAGGAUGCGAAGGUCGGACUGGGAAUGACGGUGGCGGUGGAAACAAAAGGCGACAAUGGAAAUGAUGCAAACGACGUCGUUAAGAAGAACAGUAGCUCGACGAUGAUGUUGAUAAAAAAGAAAAAGAAGAAGAAGCAGAUACUGCUGAGGUUGGAUUACGAAGCGGUGAGUACAGCUUGGGCGACCCAAGGUGGGUCUCCCUGGACCACCGGCGAUCGACCCGAUUUCGACCCGGAUGCCUGCUUACCCGAAUGCAUGAUGAGUUCAAGUACUGACGCAGCUCAAAUAAUUAAUCAAAGCAAUAAUUAUUUGAGCAAUGGCAGUGGAGUAGUUAUCGGGGGACUAAUAAACGCAGCCGCAGCAGCAUUGGGAGACGAAGGAAGAGAGGCCCGAGUUUCGAGGUACAGAGAGAAGAGACGAACGAGAUUGUUUUCGAAGAAAAUAAGGUACGAGGUUCGGAAACUGAACGCCGAGAAGAGACCCAGAAUGAAAGGGAGGUUCGUCAAGAGAUCUUCCUAUGUUCCUUCCACCAUAACCAAUUAGUACCACCUCUUUUCCUAAGCUUACUACUAAACAGUAGUACGUGUUCAUUAUAAUAUGUAGUUAGUUCGUUAAUUAAUUACCUCAAUUUUGUUUUUCUGUAAUAAGUUUUUUUUUUUUUUUUUAAUAUCCUACGUACGUGUACACUAUAUUAAUAUGUUCCUUUCAACUGGGCCGUUUAAUAAAAUCCCUAUGAUUAUGUAUA